GGCAGUAGUACCCCGGCUGCCUUAACAGAACUUAGUUAAGUAAUCGUGUUUCUCUUGCAUAAGCUUUUGCUUUCAAGAUGCCUCAGCCAAUCCUGUGCUGAACAAAAAGCUUAUUUAAUACCCACUACUUUCUAAAUAAUGCAUGAUAUUGAUCUUCCUAAACGUGUAUAAAUUCCUGUAUACAGGGGUUUGAGAGGUGCAAUUCCUAAAGACAAAGUGAGACUCCAGCUUUGAGAGUAGCAAAACCACAGCUAGAAGACAUUGCAGAGAUCAGCUUUGGGAGGAAAAAUCCUGCAAGAUGUUUACACACAACAAACUGAAGAUCUUUAUAAUGUUUCUGACUUUUGCCAUCUACAUAAUCAUGGUGGUGCUUAAUGUUGGAGCUGGUACAGGACUCUUCAAAGGUAUAUUCCUCAAUAGCGUCGGAAACAUCUCAAACAAGUACAACACAGGCUUCACACCGGCUGGUGGGACCUUCCUCAUUUGGAAUGUCAUCUUCCUCUGGCAGUUUGCUUGGCUGAUUUAUGCACUCUCAGGAAUCUGCAGAAGGAAUGAACUUGGAUGGGUCUAUAUGAAGCCAGAUUUACUGCCGAUAUCCUUUUAUCUGGUGUGGAUACUGAACAACAUCCUUAUUGUUGGAUGGCUCUUCCUGUGGGACCGAGAGUACCUCAUCCCAGCCUUGGUUUUCCUGGCAGCCCUUACUUUGACCAGUUACCUUUGUCUCUUCAUUUCACACCGAUCCUUGAGUAUUCAUGCUGCUUGGUUCCUAAAGUGUCACAAAGUAGAUCUGUGGCUCAUCCGCAUUCUGGUCCAAAAUGGGAUUGCGCUGUAUGCGACGUGGACUACCAUAGCUACCCUGCUGAAUUUUACUGUCGUGCUGGUCUAUGAGGGAAACGUGUCCAAUAAGACUGCAACUACCAUCUCUCUGUGCAUCCUUGCCAUUAAACUGCUCAUAUGGUUUUACGUUGAAAAUUUCCUGCUGGACAAGUGUGUGCGUUAUAACCUUACCAUUUACCCAGUGGUCAUUAUAGCCCUGAUUGGCAGCGUGUGUAAGAACUAUACCCCUUCACCUCCAAACACCAACAGCAUUUUUCUAGUUGUGCUACUGGUGGUGGCUUGUGUUAUCUUUGUCAUUCGGCUGGGAAUAGUCAUAUGGAGAUGUUGCAAACAGCCUCUAGAACUACCAUCAACUUCCGAGUCUACAGAGUAAAAGAGAAAUGGAGACCUUAUGGGGGAUGUUUUCAAAGGCACAAAUGGGAAUUGGGCACCUAGCGCUUACUGGUAUUCUCUCACAGUGCCCCUGCCCUAGUGCCUUUGCAACUCUCCUAUGGAAGAGUGAAUGCAACAAAGAGGAUAUUAAGGACAGUGCCAUGACUACUGCAUUCAGUAGUGUCUCACUUUCUCCUUCUGCUCUGACCAAUUAUACUUUCCCCAGCACUUUUCACUGGA